ACCACAUUUCCUGUUUGCAACUGAACCAAGCACACACAAAGGAUUUUAAGAAAUAGGCAUGAAAAAUUGAGUUGCAGAUGGAGAUCAGGCACAUUGCCAUGUUAUUUGUAGUGCUAGGGAGUAGUAUCAUUUAGCAGAAAGCUAUUUGCAGUCAUUUAUUUCUUUUAAGUACUUACAUUUUACUUAUGGGGAUAAACAAAUCUGUCUGAGAAAACAAGGAUGUCAGGAAAUGAUCAAUGUCCCCCUUUUAUCUGGGGAAUUUUAGCCAUCGUGGGUUUAUCUCUGAUCAUAUCCCUAGUUUUCAAUGUUUCCUACUGGAUGGAAAAGCAACGACAAGAUAAAAUCUAUGACUACCAGGAUGACUACAUUCCAGAGGAUGAUGAGUAUUACACUGAAGAAGCACCAAUUUAUGGUAACCUUGAUAAUGUGCUUUCUGGACCAGCGGAAGAAAGCUGCUAUGAACAAAUGAAAGCCCGGCCAGAGAGAGUUGUAAAUGAAAAGCAGGAACUCUGUCCUAUGCAGGCAGAAGCUGACACACAGAUGUGCUAUGCGAUAUUGGAUCACAGCUUCAAGGUGAAAUGCAGAAAGCCAGAAGUCUACAUUUCAGACAAGGAUGAAAAUGAGAAAUUACAUGCAGUGGAUACUGAGCUAUCUAAAAACAAUUCGAUCCAGAAUUUCAGAGAAGAAAUAGAUGUGUCAGAAGAAAGCAUUCAUGAUGAUCCCAUUAGACUAUUUGGUUUGAUUCAUGCAAAGAGAGAGCAGAUAAGUAUGCAAGACAAUGAUCCAGCUUAGGAAAUGGAUGCUUUUUGUAAAAACCAACCAAAAAACUUAUAUCAUGUCAUUAUAUAACUUUAAAGCAAGGGAAUAACUUAAGAGAUCAGCUGUUAUUGAUGAGGUGUUUACUAGAAGUUCAAUUUAACUCUGGUUCAGAUACCAAUUUGGCAUUCUGGCUAAUAUUAGUAAAAAAAAAUCUGUGUUAACACAUGACAUAGAUAUUGCUUGUAAUAAUGAAAUAAUGAAAAUGUACAUUAAACAUAAACAUAAUUAAUAGAAUGAAUGGGUGACCCAUGUGUUCUGUCCUAAUCAAACUACUCAUAAUUAAUCUUCAUCUUCAAAAACAAAACAAAAAAAAAUCAACUCUUCAAACUUCAUGAGCAGAUUUUAAAAAUAUUGAAUAAAAACAAUCACAACUCCAUUCCUAUUGGUAUGAUUCACCUACCUUUGCUGAGUACUUAGGUUUGUUUUUUUUUUUCUUUUACUAGAAUCACAGAAUUAUACAAAUUUAGAUUUGAAAGGACUUCAGUGGCCAUCUAGUUCAAUCCUUCUACUGAAGGAAUGCCUAUUAUCAUAGACCUGAUGAAUAGUCAUUCAACUUCUACCAAAAGAUAGACAAAGACUACCAUCUCUCAAGGCAGCCCCUUCCAACUGUGGACAAUUGUAAUUGUUAGGAGAUUCUUUUUCCUUACAUCUAGUCUAAAUGUGACUUUGCAAUUUCCAUCCAUGGCUCCUAGCUCUUUCCCUUCUCCAGGGCCAAAUAGGAUAUGUCCAAUCCCUCUUCUAUGCAAGAAUUCUUCAAAUACUUCUUCUUCAGGAUAAAUAUCACCAGUUUCUUUAAAUGAUCUUAACAUGACAUAGUCAUAAAGCCCUUUGCCAUCUUGGUUGCACUCCUCUAGAUGCUAUUCAAUUUAUCAGUCAGCAUCCUUCUUAAAUUGUGGCAGACAGAGCUAAGCAAAAUAUUCUGAUAAAGUUAGAGUACACAGUGGGGAAUUGCCUUCUUUUCUUCUAUUUUUAUGAAUCCAGAUUUCAGGGAACAACAUGGCAUAAUAGAAAUAUACACUAGACACUUAAACAACGGUUCUACCAUAUCAUUGUGUGGCUUUGGACACGUCAUUUCAUUUCUCUGGUGCUUUUCUCCUUAUAUCCCUCAAAUGUCCCACUAGUUUAGUUUGGAGACAUGAGAAAUAUAAGGGAAGGAGUAUAGGAUAGUAUCUUGGAAGAUUUUUAAGGGAGGUAUAUUAAGAGUAGCUGGGAGAAAGAUUGGAUAGAGUUCUGGGUCUGAAUAAAGAAGACUCAUUUUCCUGAAUUCAAAGGUUGCCUCAU